CAAGAGAUUUCCAAACCGGAAAAGGAAAAGGAAAAGUAUAUUUUUUAUAUAUAUAUAUAUAUGGAAUUGGAAUAUGUAUGUGUUAGAUUUCUCACAUUGAUUCUUCAGAAACGUGGUUCUCUGGAUUUUUUUUCUUUUUCUUUUAUGUAAUUUUAGCAACUUUCAUCUCAAUUCCCAUCAAUUUCAGUCUUUGAUCACCCAUAUUCGCUCGAAAUCAUGCCCUUUCUGUGACUUGUGUGAAAGAUUCAAGAUUUUUUUCCGGGUUUGAUUGGAGGAAUCGAGAAAAACUUGAAGAUUUUUUUUCCGGGUUUGUGGUUUACGCUUUUUCCGUGCUACCGAUGCCAGAUAACCGGCAGGUUCAGAAGAAUGCUACUCCUAAUCAAUCCGCUAAUCCCAUUGAAGAAGCGUUUUGGCGGUUAAAAAUCAAUGAUAAUCAGGAGGGUGAUGGUGCCGCCCAAUCAGCUCCAUAUCCUGAUCGACCUGGUGAACCUGACUGCCUGUAUUAUUUGAGGACUGGAUUGUGUGGUUAUGGAAGUAACUGUCGUUAUAAUCACCCUUCUUAUGUUUCUCAGGGUUCUCUGUACAGUGUUGAACUCCCAGAAAGAGUUGGACAGCCUGACUGUGGGUACUUUCUGAAGACAGGGACCUGUAAAUAUGGAUCAACAUGUAAAUAUCAUCAUCCAAGGGAUAGGCGUGGUGCUGGACCAGUCUCAUUCAACGUUGUAGGUCUCCCCAUGCGUCAGGAAGAAAAACAAUGUUCCUAUUACAUGCAAACUGGAUUGUGCAAGUUUGGAGUUGCUUGCAAGUUCCAUCACCCGCAGCCUGCAUCACUUGGAACUGUUUUACCAGUAACUGGGCAUGCUGAUGUUGGAUCUAUGGGCUCAACAGUUAUGCCUUCAUCAGGUCUACCUUAUACCGGUGGACUUCCUGCAUGGUCAUUACCAAGAGUGCCAUAUAUAUCUGGCCCGCGUUUUCCAGGUCCGGAAACUUACAUGCCCGCUUUUCUUCCUCAAGGCAUUGUACCUGCCCAGGGCUGGAACACGUACAUGGGAAACAUGAACCCUAUGUCUCCUAACGGUUCUACCGCUGUUCUUUAUUCCAACUUUAUAUACAACUCCAAGAAUCUAGGUGAGUCAGCUUCAAGAGGGCUGUCAUCAGGAACUACUGCAAGUCUCCCUGAGAGGCCUGAUCAACCAGAGUGCCGGUAUUUUAUGAACACUGGGACAUGCAAAUAUGGAUCUGAUUGCAAGUUCCAUCACCCAAAAGAAAGAAUUGCACAAUCAGGGGCAAAUCCACCUGGCCUUCCUUUGAGACCGGGGCAAGCUGUAUGUUCGUACUACAGUAUGUAUGGGCUCUGCAAGUACGGCCCAACUUGCAAAUUUGAUCACCCAGUUGUGGCGGUUCCUCAUAAUUAUAGCUUGGGCCUCCCUAAUCUAGCUAUGCUUGAUUCACCUCGGUUCGGUAAUCCGAGAAGUAUGUCAACAGCCCGCUCAUCUGAGACUUCCCCUUCGAAAUCAUCAAAAUUUCCUGAUUGGGUCCAGAAACAUGAUGCUGCAAGCAACAAAAAUGAGAAAUCAGACACAAAGACUUCAGAGGAUUCACCUGAAGAGGCCGGUUCUUCACCACACUCCAUUCAAAGCUCAGCAGCAGAACCUUUACAUGAUCAAUCUGGUUGAAGUCACUUCACUUUAGUUCUCUUGUCAUAGCACUUUUUGAUGCACGAUAUCAAGGAGAUAUCAGUUACCGGGACCUCCUGCACCCCUUUUUUCACCUGCGGUUCUGUGGAGCUUGGGGGGGCGUGGAAGGCAUUUUUUGUGGUGAAUAAGAAUGCAGGUGAUAGUUUGUAAGAAUUCCCAAAAUUAUUUCUUUUUUUUUUUUUUUUUUUUUGCUGGAUGAUAUUCAUUCGAGUUGAUGAGGGCAUAUGCAGAAUGCUUGGUGUUUGAUUGUUGAGUGAAGUUUAGAAUUAUCGAGCCCUGCAACCUCUUGCUUUUUGCUUA